CCCCCCGCCGGUGGCGUUAGCCCGGGAUGUGCGGGCCACAGGAUGCCCCAUCGCAGCGGGCCCAGGUUUAAGCCGGUCAAGUACUUGCCCGUGGCCACCGCCGCCGCCCUGCUCGUCGGCUCCAGCACCCUGUUCUUCGUGUUCACGUGCCCUUGGCUGACCAGAGCCGUCUCCCCGGCGGUGCCCCUCUACAAUGGCAUCGUGUUCCUCUUUGUGCUCGCCAACUUCAGCAUGGCUACGUUCAUGGACCCGGGCGUGUUUCCUCGAGCCGACGAGGACGAGGACAAGGACGAUGACUUCCGGGCUCCGCUCUACAAGAACGUGGACAUCAAAGGAGUUCAAGUUCGGAUGAAAUGGUGCUCCACGUGCCACUUCUACCGGCCCCCGCGCUGCUCCCACUGCAGCGUCUGCGACAACUGCGUGGAGGACUUCGACCACCACUGCCCAUGGGUGAACAACUGCAUCGGCCGUAGGAAUUACCGCUACUUCUUCCUGUUCCUGCUGUCCCUCAGCCUCCACAUGGUGGACGUCUUUGCCUUCGGCCUGUUCCACGUCCUCCACCACCUGGGGAAACUGGGGGCCGUGCACGCCACCAUCACGAUGGGUGUCAUGUGUGUGGCCAGUCUCUUCUUCAUCCCCGUCAUCGGCCUCACCGGCUUCCACAUCGUGCUGGUGGCCCGGGGCCGGACCACCAACGAGCAGGUGACGGGGAAGUUCCGUGGGGGCGUUAACCCCUUCACGCGCGGCUGCUGCGGGAACGUGGAGCGAGUGCUGUGCAGCCCCCUGGGUCCCCGCUACAUGGCCGAGCCGUCACCGCUGAGGCAGCAGCUGGCGGCCGGCCUGGGGCCCCCCUUCUUCCGCCCCGAGCCCCCGGACCGGCCUGCCGUCGGGAAGAGGGCCGACAAUGGAAUCGAGGCCCAGAUGAGCCGCAGCAAGUCCAGGACCAGCUUGGAUGGGCUGGAAGAUGAGGCCCUGGACCUGCAGCCCCCCCUGCCCCCCAAGGGAGACCCCCGCCAGUACAGCGAGCUCAUCGCCCAGCUGGGGAGCAGUGACGAGAGCUGUCUGCACCCCCAGCUGACCAGCCCCCCAACACCAGCCAUGUACAAGCACCGUCCGGGCUUCGGGAAUUCCUCUCUGGUCCAUUACCACGCCGCAGGGGACCAGGUGACGGUCCAGGAGACGGCGCUGGGCGGACCCCGCGGGCGAAGCUUCGACUCGCAGUCGGAGCUGAGCCUGGACCUCCCCGACUACCGGCCCCGCGGCCCGCCCGGGCCCUCGCCACCGCACGCGGGCCCCUUCGCCGGCAACUCGCGCUCCCUGAGCCUCAAGUCGGCCGGCCGCCGGGGCGGGGACCACCCGGGCCCGCCGCUGGGCCCCGCGCCCCCGUCGGACGGGGCCCCCGCCACCCCGGCCCACCGCGGCUUCGCCUCCGCCCCGCUGACCGGCCGAGGCGGCAGCCUCUCCUACGACAGCCUGCUGAACCCCGCCUCGCCGGCGGGCCGCGUGGGCUGCGGGCUCGGCCCGGGCCACCGCUCGCCUUACCCGACGGCCAGGGCCUGCCGCCUGGGCGGGGCGGGCGAGCUGCGGCGGACCUUCAGCCCCGUGCCCUCCCGCCCCGCCUCGGCCGCGGCCGCGGCCCCCCGCGACCCCUCGCCCGUGCGCUACGACAACUUGUCCCAGACCAUCAUGGCCUCCAUCCAGGAGCGCAAGGACCGCGAGGAGCGGGAGAGGCUGCUGCGCUCGCACACGGACUCCCUGUUCAGCGACCCGGGGGCGUUUGAGGCGCCGGGCCCCUAUGGCCUGCGGCCCCUCUCGCCCCCCCCCCCCGAGCCCCCCCGGGGCCUCGCCCUGCGCCCCGCCACGUCCCGCGACAGCUUGCUGGCGGCCGCCGGCUUCGCCGCCCGGUGCCCCCUGCCCCCGGCCUCGCUGGCCCCGCUCUCGGGCCCGGGCCCCCGGACCCUGCAGGCCGAGCUGGCGGCCGGACUGGUCCGCGCCCACCCGGCGCUCCAGGGCCGCCUGAGGAACGGCGGCUGCCCGGCGCCCGGGCCCCCGAUCCCGCCGUCCCCGCCCGGCGGGCCCCGCUCCCCGGCCUUCGGGCCCGCCCAGACCGUCUCCUUCGUCAGCACCGUGGAUGCCACCGAGCCCCAGCCCCUCGGGGCCCAGAGGGACGGCCUGCCGCCGAAGACGGCCCUCGGUAAAUUAAACGGCCAGCCGAAGGGCGUUGCCCGGCUGGGGUCGGCGUCCGGCGCCCCCGGGCCGCCGGCCAGCCCGGCCAGGCCCUCCAGCGUCAAGAAGGUGUCCGGCGUGGGCGGGACCACGUAUGAAAUCUCCGUGUGAAGAGCCGCCCGGGCCCCACGCGGAGGCUGCACGUGCGGCGCGCGCGCGCGCCGCGAAGACCGAGGACACCGGGGGCGAGGGUCUCUCCGCCCCAUCUCCUCCGACCCGUGCCCCCCACCACCCCCAACCCCUUCCCAGGCCGCCUCCCGGCCCGAACGGCCCGGUCGGGGACUACAGACGCACGGGGGGGCGGGGGCGCGGUCUGCCCGUCGAGGAGGAGACCCACCUCGACAGACCGAGGGUUGGGGAGACCGAUGGUCUCCUGGCCUCCCCGGCGCGUAGCGCAGAGCGAGGCUUCCGUUGAUACCGUAAUUAGUGUCACCGGGAGGCGCGGAGGGGCCGAGAGUCGCGCAGUGGUCGGGAGGCUGGCCCGUAGCCUCCCCAGAGCUUAGCACAGAGUAAGUGCCUAUAAAUACUUAGCGAUUGUCAUAUUGAGACGCGGAGAUCCGGGCUAGGUGGUCGGAGGCCUGCGGAGAGCACUGGAGGGAGGCGGAGCAGACCGGGCGCCCCCGUCUGCGACCGCAAUCGUGACCUCGGACCCUGAGCUUCCCCGCCCCGGCGUCCGGGGGCCACAGUGGCCCCGGGAGUGUCGAGGAAGGGGGCGGUCCCCACUCGCACCUCCUCCCAGGUCGGGGGGAGUCCGUCUGUCCGUCCGUCCGUCCGUCCGUCCAUCCGUCUCUGUGCGUGUGUCGUGGCAUUUCCCCACGCGCUCCAUUUGAGGCGGGGGGGUGAGAGGGUCUCUGAUCCCCCCAAGAGGAAAGGGAGGUCCGGUUUCUAAGCUGGAGGGGGGAGUUUAUACCCCACCGUUUCCACCAUCCCCAAAUCCAGUGGUCUCUUUCACAGUCAGUGGUUUAAGGGAAGGACUGGAAUGGGAAACGCAGGACGGGAGUGGUUUCUGCACUGAAAGGGAUAACUGCCAAUAUUCCCCCCCGCCUUCCCUCUCCCUUUCUCCGCUUUUCUCCUCCCCCUUUCCCCUUCCCAGCUCUU